UUCAAACUGAAACAGACAUGCGCAGUGUGUGAAAAGAAGGACUUAGACUGACGACCAACUGUGUCAGGCUCCAUUCUGCCAACCCUCUCUGAUAACCGGCAUCUUCUCUUGGAUAUUUCAUACGUGCUGCUUUUUACUGAAAAUACUACACAAUGAGUGGUGAUCAUGGUUACAAAGACUACCAGAUGGACUCUGGUGCUCGUAUCAGUGACUCUCAGAGACACAAGGACAAACACAGAGACAAGGAGCACAAACACAAGGACCACAAGAAAGACAAGGAGAGGGAGAAAUCCAAGCACAGCAACAGCGAUCACAGAGAGCCUUCUGAGAAGAAGCACAAAGACCGCGAGCGAGAGAAAGAGAAAGAGAGGGUGAAACAUAAAGAUGACAGCCUGGAGAGGCACAAGGACAAAGAGAAGAGACGCGAGGAAAAGAUGAAGUCCCAUAGUGCAGAUGGCAAACACAAGAGGGAGAAGGAGAAUGGUUUUGCGAGCCCUCCUCGCAUUAAAAGUGAAAAUGAUGACAAUGGCUACUACCACUCCCCCAAGCAUGAGAAGUCAGUGAAAAGGCAGUUUGAGGAAGACGAGGUAGAAUAUAAACCUAAGAAAGUCAAGGUGGAGAAUGAAAAGAAGGCGAAAAAGAGGAAACACGAGGAUUAUUAUGAAGACGAGGAAGAAGAAGAGGAUGUUAAACCCAAGAAGAAGACGAAAGACAAGAAACAGGAGACAGCUGGCGGGAAAAAGAAAGUGAAGAAAGAGCCGGAGCAGAAGUGGAAAUGGUGGGAAGAGGAGAGAGCCACAGAUGGAUCCAAAUGGAGGUUUCUAGAACAUAAAGGGCCUGUGUUCGCGCCUCCCUAUGAGCCUCUUCCUGGGCAUGUCAGAUUUUAUUACGAUGGGAAGCCAUUCAAGUUGAGCACCUCUGCCGAGGAGGUGGCCACAUUCUUUGCCAAAAUGCUUGAUCACGAGUACACCACUAAAGACGCUUUCAGAAAGAACUUUUUCAAAGAUUGGAGAAAGGAAAUGAUAUCAGAGGAGAAGGGAAAGCUAACAGACCUGAACAAGUGUGACUUCAGUGAGUUGAGUGAGUACUUCAAGGCUCAGUCAGAAGCCAGGAAACAGAUGACAAAAGAGGAGAAACUGAAAAUCAAAGAAGAGAACGAACGAAUCCUGGAGGAGUACGGCUUCUGCGUGAUGGAUAACCACCGCGAGCGCAUCGGCAACUUCCGCAUCGAGCCCCCGGGACUGUUCCGCGGCCGUGGCAACCAUCCCAAAAUGGGGAUGCUGAAGCGCCGCAUUCGUCCACAGGAUGUCAUCAUCAACUGCAGCAAGGAUUCCAAACACCCCAAGCCCCCGUCUGGCACCAAGUGGAAGGAAGUUCGUCAUGACAACAAGGUGACGUGGCUGGCUUCUUGGACGGAGAACAUCCAGGGCUCCAUCAAAUACAUCAUGCUCAACCCCAGCUCCAGGAUCAAGGGUGAGAAAGACUGGCAGAAGUAUGAGACGGCUCGGCGGCUGAAGAGCUGCGUGGACCGUAUCCGGAACCAGUACCGCGAGGACUGGAAGUCCAAGGAGAUGAGGAUCAGACAGCGAGCCGUGGCUCUAUACUUCAUUGACAAGCUGGCCCUGAGAGCGGGCAAUGAGAAGGAGGAGGGCGAGACGGCGGACACGGUGGGCUGCUGCUCGCUGCGCGUGGAGCACAUCAAGCUCUACCCCGAGAUGGACGGCCAGGAGUACGUGGUGGAGUUUGAUUUCCUGGGGAAGGACUCCAUCCGCUACUACAACAAGAUGCCUGUGGAGAAGAGGGUAUUUAAGAAUCUUCAGCUGUUCCUGGAAAACAAGCAGCCUGAAGAUGACCUCUUCGACAGGCUCAAUACGUCCAUCCUGAACAAGCACCUCCAGGAGUUGAUGGAAGGGCUGACUGCCAAAGUGUUCCGUACCUACAACGCCUCCAUCACGCUCCAACAGCAGCUGAAGGAGCUCACCUGCUCUGAUGACAAUCUUCCAGCCAAGAUCCUCUCCUACAACCGAGCCAACAGAGCUGUUGCUAUACUGUGCAACCACCAGAGGGCUCCACCGAAGACCUUUGAGAAAACCAUGCAAAACCUCCAGACCAAAAUUGAUGAAAAGAAGAAACAGCUCUCAUCUGCCAAGAAGGAGCUAAAGUCAGCUAAAGCAGAUGCUAAGACUCUCCACGAUGACAAAAGCAGAAAAGCUGUGGAGACCAAGAAGAAGGCGGUGCAGAGGAUAGAGGAGCAGCUGAUGAAGCUGGAGGUGCAGGCCACUGACCGCGAGGAGAACAAGCAGAUCGCCCUCGGCACAUCCAAGCUCAACUACUUGGAUCCGCGCAUCUCCAUUGCCUGGUGUAAAAAGUACGAGAUCCCUGUGGAGAAAAUCUACAACAAAACCCAGCGCGAGAAGUUUGCCUGGGCCAUUGACAUGGCAGAUGAAGACUUUGAGUUUUAAACCUCCCCAUCUCUCUCUUCUUUCUCUCUCUCUCUCUCUCUCUCUCUCUCUCUCUCUUUCUCUUUCUCUCCCUCUCUUUCUUGUUCUCUGUUUUUUUAAAAACCACAAGUCCUUGCAUUCAACCUAAUUCAAGAAAUGUACAUUUUUAGCGUUGAUGAUUUCACCAUGUGUGUGUCUUCACAAGAAGAGGAUGGGUGGGUGGACCAUGGGAAAACGUGGAGGGGUCAGUUAGGUAAAAAGCAGAAAAAAAAUACUGGGGCCACCCUCUUUACAGUUCAGUGAGGAUCAAGAUAACUAUUUGCCCUACGGGGAAAGUAGCUGCCUAAAUGACUGAUUUAGUGGUAUGAAGUGACUUGUCUGCUAUCAAACUCAUAUGAUGCACAGCUGUUGCGUUUUGCUGUAUAAUCUAUGGUCCUUCCUUUCGCACCCUCUGAAGCUAUGUGUUGCUGCCAACUUGCUGUACCCAUCAGAUGAAUUCUAUUUUCAUAGAAAAGUGAAAACUGACAAUAACUCCCUAAAAAGACUUCACCCACACGCCUUGUCUGGAAGAGAGAGCGUUUUGCCAGAGCUGUGUGUGUGUGUUUUUGGGAGACUGUGUGUGUGUGUGUGUGUGUGUGUGUGUGUGUGUGUGUGUGUGUGUGUGUGUGUGUGUGUGUGUGUGUGGGGCGUGAUGAAGUUCCUCAUUGGCCAUCGUGUAAGCUGGGGAAUGGAAGCACGUCCACAAGCUUUGCACGGUGGAGAUGACUAACAGGGGGAAAUGGAACUUGUUAGUGUGACUUUAGUAGACUGAAUGUGAAUUUCCUUCCACACGGCUAUUAUUUUAUUUUUAUUUUUAUUUUUAUUUAUUUUAUUUUAUUUUAUCUUUUUUUUGCUUUACAGUUUUUCUUUUAUCAGGGACAUUGCAUUUCUUAUUUCAGUUUUGCUUUUCUCUCCAGUAGGCCUUCAUAUGUGAUAAAAGAUGGAAUCCUUUUUAAUGUGUGACUCAAAUAGUCAUUUUGGCACAAGGUGUGUUCAUGUGAUGUUUUUUGUUGUUUUUUAUAAUUAUUCAUGAUUUCCUGUUCUGUCAUCAUAUUUAUCCAGUUCCUUACCUAAAGGCUGCAUCAUAGUAUACCACUGUCUCUUAGCAAAGUCUCUCUCCGGUCCCUUAUAUGUCAAACAACUCGUGUGUGAGGGGUACGAAUUUGCCAAAUGACUACAAAACCCCAGAAUUAUGAAUUAUGAAUCUACCAUUAAUGUGAUAUUUUGGAUGUUUAUUUUUUUCUAUCUGUAUGGAAUUGUAAAGCAAUUAUUUUCGACGCUGGAGGCUUUUCAGUGUUUAUCCUAAGGUCCUGCACUUAUUUAGGCAUAGGAACGUAUUAUUGUAGGAUGCCAAUGUCAAUGUUUUUAACCUUUAACCUUAGUACAACACAUGUUUUGUUUGUAUUCCAUUUUUGACACUUUAGGUUAUUUAAAAAUAAAAUCAAAAGAUCAUAUUACUCAAUUUAACUUAAUUAUUUCAAUUUGGAUAUACAUUGCCGUGCACUGGACACACAUACAUUGAUUUUAUUUUUUGUGUGUUUCAAUUAUGGAGCUUCAAUAUGCUUAUGACAUCAUACUGGUGUUUGCCGUUGCAAAUGACCCUCUAGUGAAUGAAAUGACAAAUCAAGUAAGCAGAGCCAGUCAGCACUUUUCACUUCAGACUUAAUUCCAUCAACCAGUGACAUCAGGUGAUAAUCCACAGACAGAGCACACAUGUGCUGAAAUAUGUUCCUCUUCAUAGAAAUGAGACAGACUGCUAUGUGUGUGUGUGUGUGUGUGCUGCCUCUCUGUUCUUCUCUUGACCCGGAUGCAGUAGAGAUAUGACUGCUGUAUCUGCAUACACUAAAAACACCAUUUCAUAAUGUUAUGUUCAUUUGUCAAAAUGUUUAAAAUUGUAUAUCAUUUCCUAUCGCCCUGUCUGAUUGAUAUUGCCCAUGCACAACUAAUGAUACCCUAGUAAUACAGUGCUGCAAAUUGACUAAACGCCUAACAUAAUGUCUUUGACAGUCAUUUCCACGUGCUAAUUAGUAUGCUUUCUCUGAUGUAAGUGCCUAUAGACCAAGAACUGCAUAGGGCCCACCAAUAGCUUCAGUUUAGUUCUCCUGCAUCAUCAGUUGGAGCAGCUGUGAUCAGGAGAUGGUCAAAAAUAAUCAGCAGAGGCAAGUGCCAGUUAGAGCAAUUUGCUAUCAUACUGGUUGUAUGGCUAAAAUACAAGGCAAUAAUCCUUAGAAAACCAACCAUAUGAAAAAUUGUUAAAAUUGUAUUGAAGGUAAUCAAUAUAUCUGCAAUCAAAGGCACCACAUAACCACUGUCACACUUUUGCUAAAUGUCUAUAAUUAUGGUACUGUUAGUCAUGUCAUGUAUAUAAAUGAUGAUGGGUGAAUUAAAGGUUUUCAUGGAAAGGAUUGACAAAAAUG